CCCCUGAAGACUCCUCCCCCAGGCCAGGGCUGUCCCCUGCAGGGCCUGGCCAAGCCCGAGGCUCCACCCUCAGGAAGCCUUGCACUCCUGGGGCCACAUCAAGAAGCCUGAGGGUCGGUGGGGGGCAGGGUGGGGUGCAGGCUCUGGGGGGCCAGGUCCCUGACUCCAGGCCCGGGCGGCCCACCCUGCCCGCCUCCGCCAUGAAUUGGCUCUGGAACAUCAGGCGCGUGGACCCCCAGCAGGGCUCCCCGAAGUGGGUCCCCACGCUGGGUGAGCUGCAGAAGACCCUCCAGAAGGGCGAGCACCUGCCCCUCCGCCCGCUGCCCAUGUUCGAGAGUAACUUUGUGCAGGUGACCAAUGGAGGGAGCCCCGUGUAUGUGCACCACGGCGCCAACCGGCUGACCAUGGGCGUGGCCGCCUCCCUGCCAGGCCUGGUGCUGCCCGACAUCCUGCUGAUUGCGCGGCCCCCCGAGGGCCGGGAUGGCCCCAACGUUGUCCUCACCAGGAUGAUCCCAUUGGACCUGGCCCGCCUGUAUGUGCACGACCUGGCCGCCUGGCGCCUGAAGCUGCGGCUAGUCACCGGCCGCUACUACUACCUGGAGCUGGACGCCCCCUACAGCGAGGGGGCCUUCUUGUUCAACCGCUGGAUCCGUCUCAUCGACCUGCUGCAGCAGCCCAGCAACACCUGGGUCCCCAGGACCGCCCACACCCCCCCACUGGGCCUGGCCAGCACUGAGGCUCCUGCCUCCACCUGGCGCCUCCAGGGUCCGGCCCACACCAGGCGCUCAGUCAUGAUUGUCCAGCCCACCUUUCCCUACGCGGUGCUGACCUCUCAGAAGCAGAAGAAGGCCAAGGCCCUCAAGCGCAGGUUCAAGUCCCAGGCGGUGGGCGACUCCGAGCCCCUCCUCUGGUCCAAGCUGGAGCAGGCCGGCGCCAAGGAGACGCCCUCCAAGAGGUCCCACCCCGACCUGCACAAAUCUCAGCACCCCGUUUCCGAGAAGCCCAGCAUCACCAUCCGGACCAUCUUCAGCAUCAUCUCCAACACCGUCAGCAACUCGCCGUCCUCCGCCAAGGCCUGCUCGUCCGACUCCGACGGGGCCGCCCUGCGGGGCUUGCUGGAGCCGGCCACGCGCUGCGUCCGGCCGGACACCCGCAGCGCCUCCCCGCUGGGCUCCUACGACCACCUGGAGCGGCGCCUGUGGCAGCAGGACAUCCAAGACCUCAUGGACCCCGAGUCCAGCACCCUGUCCUCCUCCUCCCUGGGCCCGGCCCCCUGCGCGCCCGCCCCGCGCCCGCCCGCGCCCUGCCCCCUCCGCAGACCCAAGGAGAAGGGCAGGCCUGUGGGGGCCCAGCGCAGGCCCAAGCCGCCGCCCCCCCCGAGGGCGCCCCCGGCCCCCCCCUCCUCGCGGAAAGCCCCCUUCCUCCUCGACCGGUCGCACAAGAUCCCGGCCGUGCGCGCGCCAUCCAGGAAGCUGUCCGGGGGGGCACCCCGCAAGGCCCCGGAGCCCCCCCAGAAGGCCCCGGCCCCAGCCGGCCCAGCCCGGAAGGGGCCCCAGGCCUCGGCCACCCCCCAUGGGGCCCCGUCCACCCCGGCCUCCGCCCGGAAGACCCGCCCCGUCUCCCCCAAGGGCCCCGGCGGGCGCACCCCGUCUCAGAGGGCCCCGCCCGCGCCCGGCGCCCCCCCGAAGGCCGCGUCCCCCGCCGCCCGCCGCCGGAAGUCUCAGGUCCCACCGGCCCCGCCCCCGAGGGCUGCGGGCGCCGCCGCCCGGCCCGUGGCGUGGGACCCCGCCGAGGGGGUGCUGCUCCCCAGCGGCUCGGGGGAGGCCCUGCCCGGGCCCCGCGCGGCUGAAGGGCAGCCGGGGCCGCUGGCGCGCGUGGGCACCCAGGAGACGGAGGUGGUGGAGGUGAGGGCCCAGCAGACGUCCCGGCAGCUGCCCGGCGGCACGACCAAGGUGGACUCGACGAGGCUGGUGGUCAGCAGGGCCCACGAGCUCUCCCUGGGCGGCUGGACGGGCGCGGAGAGGCUGCAGGACGUGACCCUCAGGAAGACGGAGGAGACGGUGCUGGACGCGCCGGGGCUCAGGACCACGCGGCUGGGGCAGCAGCACAAGUGGGUCCGGACCCGCGAGCUGGCGGCGGGCGGCCCGGUGCAGGCGCACAGCCGGCCCUUCUCGGCGGAGGGGCUCGCGCUGGCCAAGCUCAUGAUCCUGGCCAACUCCGCCGAGGCGGCCCUGAGGCCCCCGCCGGGGGCCCUGCCCUCCUGGCUCACCGUGCCCCUGGCGCCCUCCCUGGACGUGACGGACCCCCGGCUGGGCCGGCCUUCAGGGGCGCCCGAGGGGCCCCUGCACGCGGGCCCCGGGGCGAAGGGGAGCACACCGGCGCCUGCGGAGGCGGAGGCCCCGCCCGGGGCGCCCCCGAGGACCUCGGCGGAGGCGGAGGCCCGGCCUGACCCGCCCCGGAGGACCUCGGCGGAGGCGGUGGACCGGCCCGGGGGACCCCGGAGGACCUCGGCGGAGGCGGUGGACCGGCCCGGGGGGCCCCGGAGGACCUCGGCGGAGGCGGAGGCCCGGCCCGGGGGGCCCCGGAGGACCUCGGCGGAGGCGGCAGAUGCCCCACCUGGGGGGCCGAGGGAGCCGACUGCAGAGGCCUCCCCCUCCAAGCUGGCCUCCAGCAACCCCAAGACCGGGGUCUCCGAGGCCCCCAUCCCCCUGCCCGCACUGAGGUGGGAGGACAUGGUGUCCCCGUUCCCCACCGUGCUGAGCCCCACCCCACAAAUGGAGACGAGGAUGUCCCCCCAGCACAAGGGAGCCCCCCCAGAAUCGGAGGGGGCACAGAACCAGCGCCCCCUAGCCACAGUGGGGUCCACCUCAGAGAUUCUCUUGCCAUCACUCUUGGACAUCAGCGACGUGGGGGAUGACACUGGCCAGGUGGAGGAGCUGAACACCUUCUCGCGCUUGCUCUCACCCAGGCCCCCAGGGCGCCGCGUGCUCGGACUGCGAGAAACGGGCGCUGAAAGGCCGGGGGCGGCGGCCUCGGGCGGAGACUAAGCUACGUACGGGCUAAAUGUUGGGGGCGGGGCGGGCCAGCUGCGCAGAUUAAAAGCCUGAGUCGAGACGCCUGGGUGC